AUGAUAUAAGCAGAGAACUUUUUACUAUAAAAAUAUUAUAAUUAAGCAAUAAACCUAUAUUAAAAAGCUUUAUAGCAUUUGUAAUUAAUUGAAAAUAAUAAUACUCUCAGAGAAGUUUCAUUAAUUAAAGCAUAAUUAUAUUAUCAAUUCGGCAGAAUAUAUUUUAAAUUAAAACAAGAUUCUUAAGAAACUUAAAAAUGUUUUGAUGUAGCUAUUAAAAUUUGGUAAGAGAAACUUAAAAACAUAGAAUCCAUUGAAAUGGCUAAUUUCUAAUACAAUAUUGGAUUAGUAUUCAAAUAAAUGAAAAGAUAUGAUGAAUCUCUUAAAGCACUAGAAAAUGCAGAUUAAUAAAAAAAGAAAAUUAUAGGAGAAGAAAAAAAUGAAUAAUUUGCAGUAAUAUCUUAUUAAAAAGGAUUGAUAAUGAUAGAAAUGAAAAAAAUAGAUUAAGCAGAACAAGAGUUAAUUAAAGCAUAAAAUAUUAUGUAAAUAUCAAAUAAUUUUAAAUUAAAAUCUAAAAUUGAUUUAUAAUUAGCACUAAUAAAUGAAUAAAAAGGCUUAAAGUUUGAGUUUAUCAAAGCCUUAGAAGAAUUGAUAAGCAAAAAGAGAAAUCAUUAUGCAUAUAUUCAUCCUUCAAUAAAUAAUGAUAUAUUGAGUUUAGCUGAUGCUUAUGAGAAAAUGUUUAAAGAUACUGCAAAAUAAACAGAACUUUAUUAAUUAAUUUACUUCAUAACUAUUUUGCAUGAAAGUUAAAUUUAAUGUUAUCAACAAAAAAAUCCAAUUACUGAUUAAAUAGAGUAAGCCAAAUUUUAAGCUAAUUAUAAAUAAAUUAAUGCAAAUUGGCUUAGAAAAAACAAUUCAUUAACUAUUAUAAAAAGGUUUUAACCAAAUUUCUUUGAAUUGGAUUUAUAAAGAACUUUGAUAUUAAGAAGUGGAAUAAUAACUAAAGAGGAAUUUGAAAUUAAAUAAAUUCUUCAAACAUCAACUCUAAAUUAUAUAAGAUAAUAUACAUUUGAAGGAAAAUGGGAAAGAAGUAUAUUAUCUGGGUUUACACUAUACGGUGUCGAAAAUUAUAUAAACAAAAAACAUUUAAAUAAUUAACUUAGAGGAGAAUUGAAUAAAAAUUAGAAUUUAAAAAUAGCAUUGAUGCUUUGUUUUGAAGCAAUCAAUAUUGGAAUAGUACAAUCAAAUUUUGAAUACAUUUCAUUUGCUAAUCGUUUUAUUACCAAAAUAAUUCGAUAUCAAUAAAUGUAAAAUUUCUUAGGAGAUGUUAUUUAAUUACAUCCUGAAUAUUUUAUUGAUGGAAAAAUUCUAAAGUCUUUAGUAAACGAUAAUACUAUCUUACAAGAAAAUUUAGGAAAUGAAGAGAAAAAAAUUAGUUCUAAUAAAAUUAUAAGUGAUAUUAUAUUCAACAUGUGUUGA